AUGGAGGUUUUCAUGGAUGAUUUUUCAGUUGGAGGCACGUCUUUUGAUGAUUGCUUAGUGAACUUGGGAAAGUGCUUGCAACGAUGUGAGAAGGUGAACUUGGUCCUCAACUGGGAGAAAUGUCACUUCAUGGUAGAGGAAGGGAUUGUCCUUGGUCACAAGAUCUCAAAUGCCGGGAUAGAGGUGGAUAAGGCAAAGUUUGAAGUCAUCGCAAAACUACCACCACCGGUCAAUGCAAAAGGGACAAUUGUUUACACCGACCAUGCCACUAUCAAGUACCUAAUUUCGAAAAAGGAGUCCAAACCACGUCUCCUCCGAUGGGUCCUUUCUUUGCAACAGUUUCAUGUGGAGAUACGGGACAAGAAAGGGGCCGCGAAUGUGGUUGCGGAUCACCUUUCACGCAUGGAAAGGGAACAACAAGAUAAUGAUAGGGUGCCCAUUUGUGAUGAAUUGAAGGAUGAUGUCUUGUACCUCAUUAAGGAGAAGGGACUGCCUUGGUUCGCGGAUUUGGUAAACUACUUAGCUUGUGGGGAGCUCCUUCCCGAGUACACCAAGAACCAAAGGAAGAAUCUUAGGAGAGACGCUAGACACUACAUUUGGGAUGAUCUGAUCUUGUUCAAAAGAGGUGUGGACGGUCUACUAAGAAGGAGUGUUCCGGAUGAGGAAACUCAAAAUGUGCUGAGAAUGUGCCAUUCCGAUCCUUGUGGAGGUCACAUGGGGGCUAACAAGACGGCUCAAAAGGUUUUGCAAUGUGGGCUAUGGUGGCCUCACAUAUUUAGAGACUCGUGGGCGUUUGUGAAGACAUACUUUAUGGGACCUUUCCCUUCUUCCCGUGGGAACCAAUACAUACUUGUGGCAGUGGACUAUGUGUCAAAGUGGGUGGAAGCAAUCGCCUCCCCAACAAAUGACCACGAGGUGGUAGUGAAGCUCUUCAAGAAGAUCAUAUUUCCAAGAAUGCUUCGCAAGAAUGGAGUCCAUCAAAGGUUUGGGACGACCUAUCACCCUCAAACUAGUGGGCAGCGGAAGUCUCCAACCGACAGAUUAAGUCCAUUCUUGAGAAGACGGUUGCGAAGAAUAAGGAAAGAUUGGUCCGACAAGCUCGAUGAUGCACUUUGGGCAUACCGGACAGCUUUCAAGACUCCCAUUGGCACUACCCCAUACCGCGUGGUCUACGGGAAAGCAUGUCACCUUCCGGUCGAAUUAGAGCACCGCGCUCAAUGGGCAAUCAAGAAGAUAAACUUUGAUCUAGCAAACGCGGGGGAGCAACGGAUGUUGGAGCUUCAUGAGUUUGAGGAACUUCGAAUAGAUGCGUAUGAUAGUGCAAGCCUCUACAAAUCACGAUCCAAGGAGUGGCAUGACCGGAAAAUACAGCGAAAGGUGUUCAAUAUCGGAGACAAGGUCCUCUUGUACAAUUCUAGGAUGAAACUCUUCCCCGGUAAGUUGAUGUCAAGAUGGUGGGGACCAUUCACCGUCAAGGCGAUUCUACCUUCCGAGGGUGGUUGA